AUGGAGCCUGCGGGUGCUGAGUCUGGGAGUGCUGAGCCUGGGAGUGCUACACCUGGAGGAGCUCUCUCCUCACAGCAGCUCCGUGAGUGGUACUUACAGUACUGCAGCCUCAGGAGAGGUGCUUCUGGAGCUAGGAGUGCUGCUGGAGCUGGUGCUAGUGCUUCCCCUCCUAGGCGGGAGCUGCCCUCUCCCCAGCGGCUCCGAGAGUGGUACGCUAGGCGCUGCAGUCUCCGGAGUGGCGCUCCUAGUGUCGCGGACCCUAGUGCUGGAGCUGCUGGCGGUGCUGCUGGCGCUGCUGGAGGUGCUGCUGGUGCUGGUGCUGCUGGCGCUGCUGGAGGUGCUGCUGCUACUGGCGGUGCUACUGGCGCUGCUGGAGGUGCUGCUGGUGCUGGUGCUGCUGGAGCUGCUGGAGGUGCUGCUGCUGCUGGCGGUGCUGCUGGUGCUGCUGGAGCUGCUGGAGGUGCUGGUGCUGCUGACGCUGCUGGAGGUGCUGCUGGUGCUGGUGCUGCUGGAGCUGCUGGAGGUGCUGCUACAACUGGAGGUGCUGCUGCUUCUCGCGGUGCUGCUGGCGCUGCUGGAGGUGCUGCUGGUGCUGCUGGAGCUGCUGGAGGUGCUGCUGCUGCUGGCGGUGCUGCUGGCACUGCUGGAGGUGCUGCUGGUGCUGGUGCUGCUGGAGCUACUGGAGCCGCUGGUCCUGGAGGUGCUCGUACUGGAGGUACUGGAGCUGCUGGGACAGGGCCUGCUGAGGGGGUUGGAGCUGGAGGUGCUGAGCGGCCGCGGCCGUACUACGUUCCGCUCGUUCGGCAGGUUCUUGGUCUCCCGCCCUCUACUGGUCUUUCUCCUCCCCUGCUGAGUCCACCGUCUGUCCAGUCGCAGUCACAGUUACAGUCUGACUCUCCGCUGCCUGCUCCUUCUCCUUACACUGCACCGACGGGUAGUCUUACGGAGCGUCGUGAGCCUGAGUCUCGUCCUCCGUCGCCUGAGUCUAGUCCUGCGUCUCCUGAGUCUCGUCCAGAGUCGCCUGUCCGCGCUGCCCGCACUGGUCAUCGUGUUCCGCGUGAGCGUCCUCCUCCUGUCCUUGGCACUCACUAUAUGACCCUGCGUCCUUCCACUGCUCCACAGCGUGUCCCUCUGCCGUCUCCUCCUGCGUCCUCUCUUCCUGACGUUGCUGACCCGCCGUCAGACCUUACUCGUGCUACCAGUCCUACUGUCGCGCGUCUCCUUGCCACUGUUGUCACUGACCCUUCCUUUGAGUCCUCUGCUGCGUCUGCUCUAGUCGCUGAGCUUGUUGACUUUGCUGCCGCCUGUCGUCUAGACUACGCCGCUAGCCUUGUUGCUGAGUCUGAGUCUGUCUGUCCUCCGUCCGUCGGGGGUGAGUGUGCUCUUGGCACGGACGUCCUUGAGGACAGACAGGAGGAGUUUGAGUGCUUUGCUGCUGCUUUACCUCAUCUCGUGUCCAUGCUGAUUGCCCCUGAGGGAGACCCGGAUGCACCAGACAUCCCGACCCCACGCUCCUACGCAGAGGCGAUGGAGGGUCUCUACUCCUCUCAGGUGAAGCGGCCGCCGGGUUCUCCGCCUGUCUUCAAGGCGCGUUACGUUGCUCGAGGCUUCAGUCAGCGAGAGGGAGUUGACUUCUUCCAGACCUUCUCCCCGACCCCGAAGAUGACCACUCUUCGGGUUCUGCUGCACGUCGCUGCUCAGCGUGACUACGAGCUCCACUCUCUUGACUUCAGCACUGCGUUCCUACAGGGCAGCCUGCACGAGGAGAUCUGGCUGCGCUGCCCACCUGGCUUCACUGGGUCGUUCCCUCCUGGUACCCAGUGGAGCCUCCGGCGGCCAGUCUACGGUCUCCGCCAGGCACCCCGUGAGUGGCACGACACACUGAGGACUACUCUGGCUGCUCUUGGGUUUGCUCCUUCUACUGCUGACCCGUCGCUGUUUCUACGCACCGACACCACUCUGCCGCCGUUCUACGUUCUCGUGUACGUAGACGACUUGGUCUUUGCUACUGCUGACACUGAGGCACUCGCCCACGUGAAGUCGGAGCUGCAGAAGAGACACACGUGCACAGACCUGGGUGAGCUGACAAGCUAUCUUGGCUUGCGGAUCACCCGGGACAGAGCACAGCGCACCAUCACCUUGACUUAG